AUGAGAGGAUCCCCCUUGUUCCUCUGCCUCUUCUCCGUGUCCUGCUGGGUGAAUUUGAUGCCGACAGCUGGGGACAAAAUCUUCCACUUUGGAGCCUGCAGGGUUUCCAUGAGCAUGACAGAGAUCAGGGCUGGCUUCACAGCAAUUAAAGCCAAUAUUCAAUCCAGAGACCCCAUCCGGACCCUGAGCAUCCUGUCCCACCCUCACUCCCUGCACAAGGUCAAGUCUUCAGACAGAUGCUGCAUCACUCACCAGCUCUUCACCUUCUAUGUGGACAAAGUUUUCAAGCACUGCAGGACAGAGGAUUCGUUUGUGAACAGGAAAAUCAGCAGCAUCGCCAACUCCUUCCUCAGUGUGAGGAGGAAGCUCGGGCAGUGUCGUGAAAAGAAUAACUGUGUGUGUGGGGAGGAAUCCACGGAGAAAUUCAAGCAAAUACUUGCAAACUAUGAAGAGCUGAAUGUCACAUCUGCAGCCAUGAAAUCCCUGGGGGAGCUGGACAUCCUCUUGGACUGGAUGGAGAAAUCUCAUUAGUGGGUGGCGUUAAUUACCCACGGCUGGCUGGGGCUGAGGAGCUGCAGGGGCUUUGCAGAGAAGAGAGGGACAAUAAAUCACUGCAUCAGUGCAGUUCCUCAGCAGUUCCAGCUGCAUUCAGGCAAACCUGGAGUGCUUUCCCAGCCAGGGACAUCAGCAGAGCCUUCAUUAAGACAGAAAUAACGAGUUUGAUUAAAUCAACAUCGCUGCUACCAAAGGAUGCUCCCAGGGAAAACCCACAAGGGUUUCUCUUGCUGGCAGACAUUAAGCUGUGAUCAUGUCAUAAAGUUAUUAUUUAAAUUACAGAUUGUUUUGUCUGGGGAAUGUGGGGAAUGAGUGCUGAGAGCUGGCUGGGAGGACUCUGGUGCAGCUGAUGUUGCAUAAACCUGGGCUCGGUCUCAGGGCUGCUGCCACUGAUGGAUCUGGCUGAAAUGAGGAGUACAGUGUGAGAAAUUCUUCCAAGAACAGGUCCUAGCAGGUAUGUCAGGCCUCAGAAAUCCGUAUUUCCUUUUGAGAUGAUAUUUUCUGCCCUAUCAGUAAAAAAGUUUCUGUGCAAGAUAUGUGGUUGCUGAACAGAAAAAGGUUCUUGAGCAUAUUGUGCAAUUUACUGACACUCAGUAGUGAGUUUUGUGGAAAUUGGGUGUGAUGACUGUAAAUAAACCCCACUUGAAACUGUGCUGAGUCUGUUGGUCAAAAUUCUGGGGAAUUAUAUGAUUCUUGCUGGUGAAACUUCCUGAAUUCUCUGUGGUGUCCUUUUACAGCAGAUGCUGUCAGUCCAGCAUGCCAGGGCUGAUGCAUCCUUCUGGGCAUGCCAGAAACACCAAACCCAGACCUCAGUGCUGCUAAAUUCCCCCAGUUUGUCCCCAAAACUGUGCAUUACUUAUAGCUCUGGGCUGUUCUCUCCCAUUUUGGAUGUUGCUGGUACCCACUGCGUGCUCUAAAUCCCAGCUGGGGCACAGCACCAGCAUUUCCCUGGGGCACAAAUGUCACGCUGGGUGGCAUUUGGUGAUUCACUUUCAAAGCGAAGAUCUCUCUUUGCUCACUGUCCUCCCUCAGAUAUUGACUUGUGCCAAAAGAAAGCUUCUCUGGGUUUUGAUUCUGUUAAUUCACUUUCUCAGGGGUUUCAUUUGUCCAGGGCACGAACAGGUGAACACAUCUCCCCGUGCUCCGGCAGUGCUCAGGAGAGCUGAUUUUUCAGCUCCAUCACUCUUUUAGGAAUGAGAGGCAUCUGGGACAUUCCACGAUUCUCAGUCGAAGAACAACCCCUGGGGAUGAUGCUGGGAUGCAGCGAAGUGCCACAGGCUCGUCCCAGACCGCAGGAAAUCAGCUGGCACCAGCUGAAGGAGCAGGGACUGCUUGGUGAGUCCCUCAUGGAUCCUUGUGGGCUCUGGAUCACAGCUUGAGGCUUUUAUUCCACACUUUCAGCUUAUGUCACAAUCACUCCAGUUCAUCCUGUGCAUCGAUCACACCCUGUGUGCUGCAGCCCCCAGUCCAUGCCUGCCUCAGUGCUUCCACCUAACCCAGGGAUUUUACACUUCUCUGCCCACUGCAGGGCACGGCAGCUGCCCAGGGCCGCUCCCCUGUGGGAAGGAGAUGCCAGCUGGAAGUGUCAGCAGUGCGGAGGAGCGGGGGAUGCAGGAGGGCUGCAGGAGGGCUGCAGGAGGGGCUGCAGGAGAGGCUG